UGUGUGGGUGGGGGAUGGUGGGUGAGGGGCCCAGGUUCCUGACACAGACAACACCCAGGAAACGAAGAGCAAGCACCAUGUUGAAGCCAGCAUUGCCACUCAGAUCCUUCUUAUUUCUGCAGCUGCCUCUGCUGGGGGUGGGGCUGAACCCAAAGGUCCUCACGCCCAACGGGAAUGGAGAUACCACAGCUGACUUCUUCCUGACCUCUACGCCUCCUGGGUCCCUCAGUGUUUCCACUCUGCCUCUCCCAGAGGUUCAGUGUUUUGUGUUCAAUGUCGAGUACAUGAAUUGCACUUGGAACAGCAGCUCUGAGCCCCACCCUACCAACCUGACUCUGCGCUAUUGGUACAAGAACUCUGGUAAUGAUAAAGUCCAGGAGUGUGGCCACUAUCUAUUCUCUGAAGAGAUCACUUCUGGCUGUUGGUUGCAAAAAAAGGAGAUCCAUCUCUACCAAACAUUUGUUGUCCAGCUCCAGGACCCACGGGAACACAGGAGGCAGGCCACAAGGAUGCUAAAACUGCAGAAUUUGGUGAUCCCCUGGGCUCCGGAGAAUCUAACACUUCACAACCUGAGUGAAUCUCAGCUAGAACUGAGCUGGGACAACAGAUACGUGGCCCACUGUUUGGAGCACCUGGUGCAGUACCGAAGUGACCGGGACCACAGCUGGACUGAGCAAACAGUGGAUCACAGACAUAGCUUCUCCCUGCCUAGCGUGGAUGUGCAGAAACUCUAUACGUUCCGUGUUCGGAGCCGCUUUAACCCGCUAUGUGGAAGUGCUCAGCACUGGAGUGAAUGGAGCCACCCAAUCCACUGGGGAAGCAAUACUUCAAAGGAGAAUCCUUUGUUUGCUUUGGAAGCUGUGCUUAUCCCCAUUGGCUCCAUGGGAUUGAUUAUUAGCCUCAUCUGUGUGUAUUGCUGGCUGGAACGAAUGAUGCCCCGAAUUCCCACUCUCAAGAACCUAGAGGAUCUGGUUACUGAAUACCAUGGAAACUUUUCGGCCUGGAGUGGUGUCUCUAAGGGAUUGGCGGAGAGUCUGCAGCCAGACUACAGUGAACGGCUCUGCCACGUCAGUGAGAUUCCCCCCAAAGGAGGGGAAGGGCCUGGAGGCUCCCCUGGCAGCCAACAUAGCCCCCACUGUACCCCCUAUAUUACACCCUGAAGCCUGAAACCUGAGCCCCAAUCCUCUGACAGCCCCAGAGUCUUGUAGCCCUAAGUAGUACUAACUUCCCCUCAUCCAACCAGUCUGGGUCCGAUGCUCACUUUGCCCUCCUGUGGCUGAUUUUGAAUUUGGAGCCCCUUGCAACCACCCCUUCAUUCAGUAUCCCCUACUUGAGAAUUGCCCCUUUGCUCUGAACGUGUUUCUCAUCUUCCCCAGUCCAGCCCUUCCUUUUCAUAGGAUUCUCUCUCUCCAUCCCUCCAUCCCUCCCUCUCUCUUUUCAUUUACCUUUCAAUAUUAUUCCUGAAUCAAUGAGAAAUAAAGUUUCUGUUGAUAAUCAUCAA